GCAUCUCACUAGUGAGACUGCUUUCACAGCAGCUGCAGGAAACUGAAUCCACCACUCAAAACCUGUGAGAGAGUGAGAGCAAGAGAGAGAGAGAGAGAGAGAGAGAGACACAGAGAGAACAAUCUAGCCACAUUUCUUGUUGUGACAGACACAUGAGAGGAUAUAUGAUGCAGAAACCCACCACAUAAACUCAACCUGCCUCUUACAACAGAGAAUAAUUCAGUUUCUGCAGACAUCUGGAUUUGUUCCAGCUACCACAAGAUGCAUAUGAAUAGCUUACUAAAUCAAUUGACAAGCAUCUCCAGCAUGUGUGACGUGGAUGUAUCAGAGCCCACCAGUCCCACCUUUUAUGGUGAAUCUUCAGACAAGUACUUCCAUGAGAACCGUUGGCAGAAACUCCGCACCGCCGUGCGUAAACUGGAGUUCUGGGAAAACUUUACCACUGAGUUAAUUGGGAGUGGCUUCUUCUCUAAGGUCUACAAGGUGAUACACACGACUAGCCGCAAGGUGAUGGUUGUGAAGAUAUACAAAAAUGACGUGGACCAGGACAGCAUUGUACGUGAAAUCAGCCUCCUUCAGAAACUCUCUCAUCCUAAUAUUGUCAGAUAUCUGGGUAUAUGUGUUAAAGAAGACAAACUAUAUCCACUUUUAGAGUACGUGAAUGGUGGCUGUCUUGAGGAGCUCCUGGCCAGGAAAGACGUUCCCCUGAGCUGGAAAGAGAAGGUGGACUUUGCCUGUGAUAUUAGCAGAGGAAUGAUCUACCUGCACUACAAGAAUAUUUAUCACAGAGAUCUCAACUCAAAAAAUUGUCUGAUCCGGAUGACAUCCCGAGGUCGGGAGGCCCUCGUGACAGACUUUGGUCUUGCAAGAGAGGUGGUGGAACUGCCAAUCAAAGACCCUGGCAGGAAGCUCUCAUUGGUGGGCUCUGCUUUUUGGAUGGCACCAGAGAUGCUUCGAGGGGAGCCGUAUGACCGUAAGGUGGAUGUUUUCUCCUUUGGAAUUGUGCUGUGUGAAAUCCUGGCCAGGAUCCCUGCUGACCCUGAGAUACUACCCAGGACACAGGACUAUGGGUUGGAUAAGAAUGCAUUCAAGGAGAUGGUGACAGACUGUCCUCAGCGUCUCUUGGAACUGGCAGCCAGCUGCUGUAUGGUUGAGUCCUUCAAACGUCCAGCAUUCACAGAGUUAUUAGAUGAGUUAGGAGAAUUUGCAGAGAGUCUGGAAUCACCGCCAAAAACGGAACUGGCCUUGACCUGAGUUGCCGAGUAGAUGAACGACUGGAAGCACAACAUAAACCCGAUUGAAAAAUAAUCAUAUUCAUUCACCUGCGACAAGACUGCUCACCUGAGACAGCGCAAAGAUAUUUGAUGUUUUUGAGAAGUAAUAUGACAACUUGUCAGAGACUUUGGUAUUGAAACUUGCCUUUAUAUAGACUGGAAGGAGUGUACACUGUACACAGAAAGUCCUGUUUCUUUUUUUAUGUCUAAUUCCAACGUAAGGUGACACGCGCUUUUGUUUUUUCUGUUCUUCGCCGGGGUUUGGCUAAUUGUAACUAACCGUACAGACAGUCACGUCUGUUGAUUUACUGUUUUCCUCGUCCACGCCAUUCAACCGUUCCUUAGUUUUCAUUUUAUGUGAAGUUUGACAGCUGAGAGGUUUGACGUCGACUGUAAUUGGAAAUAAGGACAAUCACGAGCUUUGCCUGAGAAAACAGCAUUUAAAUAUAAAAAGUAGGGCAGAAAAGAACAGCUAUUGUCGUAUUUGAAUAGAAGUGUUUUUUUUUUUCUUUAAAGCACACAACUUAAAGAGAUGCGGCAGAAAGACUUUGCUUGGAAUUUCCCCGUGUGGGACAAAUAAAAGAAUGUCUUAAAAUUAUUAUUUUUAUUACGUUAAUAUUAGACAUCCAUUUAUUUCAUACGAAAGACUACAUAAGAGUUUAUGUAGAAAUUAAUAACAUGUUUAAAUAGACAUUUGUAUAGAUUUCAGGAUUGAAAAAUUGUUUUGGACUGAAAAGGGGAAUUUGGGGUAUUUUUAUACAGAAAGACUGAAAUUGGAAGAUGUAUAGCAAGGAUGUACUUACUAUAUUGAUCUGCAUUGAGUACUUUUCUGUGGUUGCUAAUGCAGUUUUCAUGUUCCAAACUAAUGUACCUUUUUAAUUUGUUUGUAUUAUCAAAUUAAAAACAUUUAAAAAAAUAAAGUUUUGAACCCAUUUCAUACUAGUAAUAAUGUAUUUUUGUUUCUCCUUUUGUUGUAAUUUAAUCACACACCAUGGUUUCUGUAAAUUACACUUCAAGAUGUUUGUUUUACAGUUGCCUAACAACAAAAAUAUAAUUACAAAGCCUCCUCUAACAUAUACAAAGAUGUUUCAGUGAUUUAUUUUCCCCCAUGGCAUUAAAGGUGAAUACUAGUAAUGCCUAUCAUAUCACUCCACUCCACCCUCUGGCCACAACAAAAUAAAUUACUGACCAGUGAGAAACUGAGAUGUGAAGUGUUAAAAUAACACACCUUUGUGUAUUACUGCAGAAGGCAAUCCAACAAACUGCUUGAAUGGCUGUCGGCAAGCUGUUUGGACCUUUCACGACUUGUGACGGUUAAAACUUGUGACAUGCAGUAUCUGAAACUAGUGUGUGAUAAAACUACAUAUCUUGGAAUGGCGUUUUAUUGUGUUUAUCGUGGGCAUCUUAAGGCACUUGGUGUCUCAUCAGCAACUUCAAGUCAUUCACACCUGUGAGGUAGAUGGAUUUUAAAUUGUUAUAUUUUUGUUCAGUGUAUGUACAUGUAAUUGCAUAGUUUUGUGUUUUAAUAAUUUUGCAAAAAUGUAACCUAAAAAUAAAGACCAAAAUGUUUCUCA